UCCAGGCGGCGGCUCGCUUCCUGCCUCUCUCCCCUCCCACCGCCGCCGGUGAGCAGCGAGCGACGCCGAGAGCUGGCCGCCAUGGCGGCGCGGAGGAUGGACCCCGAGGCGGCCACGGAGCUAGCGCGGAAGGGGGUCACCAUCCUGCUCCUCGACGUGCCCCAGCACACCGUCCUCGGCGUCGACACCCAGGUCUUGUCGGUCGGCCCCAGGUUCAGAGGGAUCAAGAUGGUGCCCCCAGGCCCGCACUUCCUCCACUACUGCUCCCCCAGCAGGCAUGGGAAUGAGUUUGCACCUACUGUUGGAUUCUUCCUCACCACUCACCCGUCUCAGGUGGUCGUUCGAAAAUGGCAUGCGCAAGAGGAGAGAUUAGUGAAAUUAUCAGAAGAGGAGGAAAUCAGAUACUCUGAAGCAGUAAAACGUUUCGAGUUUGAUGAUCAGCUUGGACCAUACAAUUUGGACUCUUUUGGUGACUGGAAACAACUUUCAAGCUACUUAUCACAAAGUGUUAUCGAACGCCUUGAGCCAAUUGGUGGGGAAAUUACAAUUGCAUUGGAGACAUCAUGGAUGGAUAGAGCUCCCCAAACAGAGAUGGAGAGACGAUUAAUGGAACAACUUAGAGAGGACAAAUUUGCAAAGAAAGCCCCCACACAGCCUGAGCGGAGAGGAUGCUACUACACAACUAUCCCUGCUUCGGUUAAACACAGGAACAUUUCUGCAGAUGAGCUGACUUUGCUGAAUUUGGACAGAACAAGCUUGCUGGAGACUGUCCUGGCCAAAAAUUAUCAAGGCCAAGAAGAUUUACUCUUGGGGGAGCUGCAGUUCUCGUUCAUAGCGUUUAUGAUGGGACAGUCGCUGGAGGCGUUUAUGCAGUGGAAAGCAUUAGUCAGUCUUCUUUUGAGCUGCAGUGAAGCUCCACUUCAUACAAGGACACAAAUGUUUGUAAAGUUUAUAAGGGUUAUUUACUAUCAAUUCAAGCAUGGCUUUCAACGUACACAUGAUUCCAGAAGUAGUGACGACAAGGGCAACUCUUUGUUUCUGGAUGAAGCAUGGUUUUCAAGAGACAUAUUUCUUUACCGGCUUUCGAAGGAUUUCUUGACAGUAAUAUUUGAAGCUCAAGUCGUGGAUGGAGACCUUCUGUCAUGGGCUAGGAAACUUAAGAUGCUCCUGGAGACCACGUUCGGAUGGGAUCUCGAGAACAAUGCUGCGAACCUUAUCGAUGAGGACGACGAGUUUGCUCCCGUGGUCGUGGAGAUGGAUGGCUCCUAGGGUGCGCACAUUCCACCGAAUCUCAUGAUGACGGGCGCGCCGUUUUAGCGAGUCACAGAGGGACAUGGUGAGCUCUGAGCUGGUUGGCCGGCUACUCUUGUGAAGAUGGAGAUUAGUAGCAGUAGCGCAUCCGUUUAAAUUGAAGCGCCAAAACGUCUUGUUACAUUAGGAAGGCACAGAGGAUGCCUGCUUCUACUUUCAGAAAAGAAGGAUGGACACUUGCUUUGCACCAGCGUUGGAGUAGCUCCUUCCCCAUACGUUGGGCUGUAGAUAUACUAGUGAGGAUCUCCAGCUUCUUCCUGGUUGCAUCGGUAGGACAGUACUGAGUUUCGUGGGCUUAUGAGCUUGCUCUCCAACAUGGCAUGGAAACGAAAAAGUUUUUCUGGAUAA